ACAUAAACACUAAGACUUCAACCUCUAGUACCAAAAGAUAAUAUUCGAAGCAUAUAUGGCCGCCGUCGCCGCCACCACCGCCGCUGCAAAAGAGGCGCGGCAGAAGCAUGCCCAAGAAAUGGCUGAAAAUGGCGACGAGGUUCCCCAAGGAUACGUGUGGAAAGACAAAAUUAGAUAUGGACCUAUCGAACUUUCUCCCCCCUUGGCUGAGGAGCUCCCUAUCAUUGAUCUUAGUCGCCUCUUUUCGGCAUCAUCCGCCAUUGAUGCUGCCGAGGAGCUCGCCAAUCUCCGCUCGGCUCUCCGUAUAUGGGGUUGUUUUCAGGUGAUCAACCACGGUAUCGACAUUUCCUUACUAGAAAAUAUGCGCCAACUUAGCCGAGAAUUUUUUCAUCUCCCUAUGGAUGAGAAGCUAAAAUAUGCUCGAGGAGCUGAUGGCAUUGAUGGUUAUGGAACUGAUCCGAAGCUCCAUGUGAACCAACCUCUCGACUGGACAGAUAGACUAUAUCUCACCAUCAAACCGGAUGAUCUUCGAAACCUCCAAUAUUGGCCCGAAAACCCCAUUUCUUUCAGGGACGUAUUGAACAAGUACACAGAUCUGGUGGUCAAGAUCCACGACGAGCUUCUUAAAGCCAUGGCGAGGUCAUUGAACUUGCCGGAGAAUCGGUUUCUAAAGCAAUAUGGGGAAAACUCAAGUGUGAUCGCCAGAUUCAAUUACUAUCCUACUUGCACAAGGCCGGAUUUAGUUCUCGGGCUGAAGCCACAUUCAGAUGGCUCGGCAUUGACGUUUCUGCUGCAAGAUAAUGAGGUUAAAGGCCUACAAUUGCUCAAGGAUGAUAAAAACUGGUUUGAUGUUCCUAUAAUACCCAAUGCUUUGGUUGUUAAUGCUGGAGAUCAACUUGAGAUAAUGAGCAAUGGAGAAUUCAAAAGCAUUGUGCACAAAGUGACUACAAACUCGGAAAAGGAGAGGAACACAUUAGGUAUUUUUUUCUCUCCAGAUGCCGCAAUGGAGAUUGGGCCGGUGGAGGAACUAGUCGAUGCCACACGGCCUAAGUUGUUCAAGACUAUAACUAAUUAUGCGCCGACUUAUUUUCACUACUUUCAGUUGGGACAACGACCUCUUGAUAUGUUACGACUUUAAUUCUAUGUUGAUAUUAUAGGUGUCGUAAGAGUUUCGUGGUUAUAUUAACAAUUACUUAUAAUGUCGAGCAUUGUUAUUGAUUCAAUAAGAACUCGUAAUGUCGAGCUUUGUAAUGUUCUACUUUGUAAUUGUAAUAAAGGUCUUGAAUAACUUCGAUGUUACUUUCAAGAUCCUAAUUUAGGUUA